CGACUUGGUCAUGGAAAAGAAAAGGAAAAUCCAAGACUCAAAAACUCAAAUAGAAGCUACUAAUAACAAGUAUCCGCGGAAACAAAAAUCACGUUGGCGGGUCUCUCUCCUUCCUCCUAACUCAAAUAGAUGCUAAGACUUUUUAUUUCUUGUUUUCAUUAUUGAUUAUCCUUUUCACAGCCACGCUUUCUUUGCUUUCACUGAUUAUCACCCUCCCCUUCCUAUUGGUUCCUCUUUUCUUAUUUUUAAUUAAUCUUUCUCGUCAAGUCUUAGAUUUUUUUGUUUGCUCUCUCUCUCUCUCUCUCUACUUCGUGCUAAUUUCUGUGGGUAUGGAACACAUAUUGUUUAUGUGGUAGAGAUCGAGGGUCGACCGUGCUGAAAAGAGAGAUUGAACGCAUGCUACUUUUUCCCCUCCAAAGAGAUUGCUUUAUCUAUGGUAGAGCUGCUUAAUGUUAAAUUCGUGGUGAUUUUGCUGCUUUAAGAACUCGGAAACCAUUGGCUAGCUAGCAUUCUGUAUCUGAUCGGUUCAAGGGAAAAGAAAAGGACUUGCGCUUCUGCAGAAUUCUUUCUCUCUCUGGGACACUCUCCUAAUGAGAACUGAUAUUGGUGAAGGGGAAGAGUUACAAAAUCCCCGCUCCUUUAAGGUGCAUAGUAAAAUCUGCACAGAACUCGCAAAAUUAGUGGAUAGAAUCUCAAGAAUAGUUCCAGACAUAGAGGCGGCAAGGCCAGGAUUCUCAUCAGGAAUAGAGUCUCUGUGUUUGCUGAACAAUGCAAUUGAUAAAGCUAAACUACUUCUGCUACAUUGCUCUGAAUGUAGCAAACUCUACCUGGCUGUGACAGGGGAUACAGUACUCUCAAGAUGCCUAAAGGCAACAAGAUCAUUAGAGAAGAGCUUAAUCCAAAUUCAGGAUAUGGUUCCUGUUAUGUUGGCUGUAGAGGUUUCUAGAAUAAUUCAUGAUCUUGAGUGUACGAGAUUUGUUCUGGACCCUAAUGAAGAAGAGGCUGGGAGGUUUGUGAGAGAGUUGCUUACUUUAACCUCAGAUUCAGUUGAUGAUUCUGAAGUUAAAGCUCUCCAGUUUGCAGCAUCUCGAUUGAAUAUAACAUCCCCAAAAGCCAUCAUAAUAGAACAACGAUCUAUUAGGAAGUUGCUAGAAAAACUUGGACCAAAUGACCUCAAAAAGAAGAAUAUACUGAGAUAUCUUCUGCAUCUACUGAAAAGGCAUGGAAAGCUCAUGGUGGGAGAACAUGUGGAGAAGCUCUAUUCUCGUUCUGAGGAACAAGCUGCAACUGAGAACUCGAGUCACGGUUCUCUACGAAGCAACCAUGUUGAAUCAGACUCAAGCAUGAACUAUGGUCAGUAUAAAACUCACACCAAUGAGUUAAGUGGAGUUGCACCCCUUGAGGAGUAUUAUAAGUGCCCAAUAUCCUCAAGGUUGAUGUAUGAUCCUGUUAUCAUUGAGUCAGGAGUAACAUAUGAAAGGAUCUGGAUAAAAAAGUGGUUUGAUGAGGGUAAUGACAUAUGCCCCAAAACAAGAAAGAAACUAGUCAAUAUGGGAUUAACUCCAAACAUGGCCAUGAAAGACUUGAUAUCAGAGUGGUGCAGAAAUAAUGGAGUCUCCAUUCCAGACCCUAGUAGGCAUGCAGAAGAUAUUCGCACAUGGGAAACUUCAAACACUUCCAUUAACAGUUUAGCAAGCUAUUUCAAUGAUUUCACCGCACCGGUGGAUCUUAGUAACAUGUCAAUUGGGUCAUUGGAUACUAGUUUUAGUUCAGAUGCCUCACAAAGUAAGACCACUCGUGGCUCAAAUUUGAUGCAGACCAAGAGCCGUGACAAUUCUCACAAACAUCAGGCUCAUACAGAGAUACAUGAUACUGAUUUGAUGCUCUUGCCUCAACUCUCUGAUCUUCAAUGGGAUUCUCAAUGCAAGGUCAUUCAAGAUCUGAAAGAUCAUUUGAAAAGCAAUAGCCAAGCUUUUGUUUCUGUAUCAGCAGAGAAUUUCAUAGAACCACUCGUGAGGUUUCUGAGCAAUGCAUAUGAUCUGCGUGAUGUUCAAGUGCUGAGAGCCGGAAGUCAGCUUCUGUUGGAGUUUGUGAACAACUGCAGAAAUGGCAAGACUAAUUUGAGUGAAGAUACUUUCAUUAUGUUGGCAAGUUUUCUCGAUUCAGAAGUGAUAGGAGAAACUCUUGCCAUAAUGGAAGAACUGUCAGGAUAUGGGUUUGGUAAAACUAAAAUUGCAGCAUCUAGUGCUCUCAGUUCUAUUCUAAACAUGCUUGAUUCCGAAAACAAAGGUUUCCAACAGCAAGCUAUUAGAAUAAUGUACAACUUGUCCUUCAGUGGUGAAGUUUGUCACCGCAUGCUAUCUCUCAGGUGCAUCCCAAAAUUGCUGCCAUUUUUUAAAGACAGAACCCUUUUGAGAUACUGUAUAUAUAUAUUGAAAAAUCUCUGUGACACGGAAGAGGGUAGGAAAUCUGUUUCUGAAACAAAGGGAUGCAUAUCUUCUGUUGCUGAAAUACUUGAGACAGGCAAUAACGAGGAACAAGAACAUGCGUUGGCUGUUCUAGUUUCUCUAUGUUCUCAACAUGUGGAUUAUUGUAAGUUGAUAAUGCGUGAGCAUGAGGAAAUCAUGGGCUCUCUUUUCUAUAUCUCACAGAAUGGAAAUGACAAAGGAAAGGAAAGUGCGUUGGAAUUGUUCUAUCUUUUGAAAGAUGUUGACAUUGCUGUGAAUAAAAAUUGUCCUGAGCCAAAUAUCAACAACUCUUGUCGAGAUUCUAACAGUCACGACCGUGAAGAAAAAAAGCCAUUAAAAAGAUCCACGUUUCUGAAGAAACUAUCACAGUUCUCAAAGUCCAGUUCUCAUGCAACAAAAUCCAAAAGAUGACAAUGAAUUCCUCUGCAUUUCAACCCACAGUAACAACCUUGCGAUCUUAUUAUAGGUUUUGCCUUUUCUAGCACUUAUUUGCGGCAUUUUUAGCUUUGAAGAUUCAUUUGCAAAUCAUCUGCUACUUAAUUUUGCAGUAUAACAACAGGUAGUAUGAGGAUGUAUAGUUGUGCUUUAUGAGUUUUGACAUUCCGAUUUAGGGCUUGUUAAUUGUUAAGGAAGUAGACAGUUUUUGUGAUUUCUCUUUUCCUUCAUACUAGGUAGACCAAUUACACAUUUCUUGUUUAUUCUCAUUGUGUAUAUAUUUAACACUUCACAGUAUUUGGCUAUUACUGUAAAAUAGAUAUUGGUGUAAUAAAGGUGUUUGCCAAUAUUAUUUUUACUUAUCUUCA